CGCGCAGCACGCGUUUGGUGUACAGCAGUCGCUGGUGCGCCAAAAGAUCUUUGGCGGAGAUUGGUUGACACAACGAGGCUGCAGUGUCUCAAAUGACAGACUACGAGCUUCGGAAGAAAAUUGGGAAAAACUUCUUCCAGUCUUUCCCAGCGUUCCUGUUCCUGCUGACGACCAGCAUAUUCCUUCGCUGAAAGAGCCUUGGAUUACAAUAACUUCCAGGACAUCUUCCGGCAUGGACGACCACAACGACGACAUCGACAUUCCAGGGCGGCCACAGAACGUGAAGGAGAUUGUGACUAACCUGGAAGCCAUUGCUGAAAGAGGACCAUCGCCUCUGGCGCCACCUCUGGGGGCACCGGUGUUUCCUAUGGCCCACGGUGUUCCUUCGCGAUCAAGUGUUGCAGUGUCGCUUGCCAGCAGACGUGAGCGUGAGUCUUGGAGAUACGAUGGGGACUCCCCAACCAUGCCUGCUGCGGCACUCCUCACCAUAGGGUCAAUGACAACCAUCGAAAGCGAGGGAGAGGCUCCGGUGCUGCUCACAGACUUGAAGCCUGUUGGGAGUCAGAGCUUAGACUUCGCCUCUGCACGGAGAGCGCGAAGCCAAGAAGUCUCCUACAACAAGCAGGAGACGGCCAUCGAGUCUACUGACAACAAGACCGUGCAAGAAGAACGCGAAGCGUACGCUGGGCGUUCCCGAAUCGCGGCAUCACAACCAAGAUUCAGCAAAGUCGCCGAUAUGCGUGGGUUCACCGACGACCUCACGACCAAUACUACGGUCUCUGAAUUCGUCGAGCGAGGCGACCGGAUGGUACCGACGCUCGAUUAUCUGGAACGUUCGGUCACGCCGAAAAUACACAAGGGUGACGUCGUGAUUGACAUCGAAAGUGCGCUGGUAGUCCGGGAGACGGCCCCGGAACGUCCGGGAACACUGGCGAAGUGGCUAAGGAGGCUCAGCCUCAAGUCCAGUACGUCUAGGUCGAUCAAGGAAUGCCAGAAGGUCGCCAGGUGUACGCAGGACGUGAAGAGUCGUGAGGUUGCCAUCGACCUCUCGAUUUCUAGGAUGACAAGUCCGGACACUGGUGUCAUCUCGCCUUCAUCACUAGAACUACUAGAGGAACCAGAGAAGGAUUACCAGAAGCUGGACGACGUUGACUUAGACAUGAGAAGCGACGGCGCUGGAAGGGACGAGAGACCUUCUGCACGGCGAGACAUCCCGAACAUUCCAGAAGGCGAAGCGGUACCCUCCGGGAACCUCGCGAUCGAUUUUACGUCAUCAGGUACUCUUGGUGCGAAUAUAAUUGAAAAACCGAAUGCAAUCUUUAGCAGAGGAGUGGCAGUGCACAAACCAAGAAGUCCAAAUGAUAAGCAUCGGGGCGAACAGGAGCAUGGAAAACAAAUUCACCCUCAGAUAGAAGUUCAAGAUCACUCUGCGUUAUCUGCCCGCGAGAUACCACUGAAGCAUGCUAGGUCAAGAGUUAAUUUGAUGAAGCCUUAUUCAAGCACGGCGAAACCUCAGUCGAGUGAUACUUUCCUACUUGAUUCUCGAGAGUCCGUUGCUAUUCAUGACGGAAGCCACACAGACGGUGAACCAGAAACCCUCAUUGUGUCAGCAAGAGAAACUGAAUCACCGUACAGUGCAGAUGGAACAGCGCGAUCGUUUCAAGUCAGCGUCCAAGGUUCUAAGAAAAAGGCCAGUCUUCAUUUGGAAGGCAAGAUACUGCCCGCAGAAAACAGAAGUGAUCAUCACGAAUUCUCUAUUGAGGUUGUUCCGAAUCUACACAAGUGUGAACGCGGACAGUCAUUUGGUAGCGAGUCCCCGCCGCUGCAGCUGUAUAUGGGUCCCCAAAUGAGUACGGCCGGCGACAGGCCUAUCGAGCUGUACGAAGCUCGGGACAAAGUCAACGCUUCUGUCUGCCUGAUGCGAAGUGCGGUGACAGCCGACGAAGUGGAUUCCCAGUUGGGAGGUGUAGUCGUGGCGGGUGAUAGAAAACAAGGACAGGAUAACGCGGCUGGGCAAAAGACAGUUUCUCAAACAGCGAUGUCUGAACAGAACGCUGUUAAAUCACAAACUGCUGCGGACGUGUUGGUGCAUCGUGAUACAGCGGAUGGACCACAAGAUCUUCCGUCAGCAGCCCAUGCUUCGGAAGCACCAAGACCGGUAGCCGACGAUAUUAUACCUCCACCAGGGAGGAGUGAAGUCAGAACUGGGGACAAAGAAAAUAUCGUUAGGUCAUCGGCAACAGCAGACCAAAACGACCCUUUGGCCGUAGCCGCAAGUUUUCCCGGACAGAGGGAACUCGAAUGGAACGUUCAAACACCCGAAAAACGAGGUAGCGAAGUGCUGGUAGAAGCGGAUCACCGUCGAGCAAGAAGCACCAAGGGGCUAGAAGGUGUUGACGAAAGCUCCGCUGCAGCGUCGAAGUGGAAUCAAGACAACCUGAACAUGCUGCCAAGACAUGAUAGGCAGGAAGUAACUACAGCGCAGCGAACAGCAAUAAAAGUUGACGAUUUUUCCACUAACAUUUCAUUAAUUACACGCGCGCAAGCACCACAGACAGAUGAGGUGCUUCCAAGAAAGAGACAAAGAACAGAAGACUUCAGUUUUGAGAAAGAACAAGAUAUUCAGGGACCCAACGAAGCCGAACUACCGCUGCAGAGGUCAGAUCAGCAAUACUCAAAACACAUUUCGAUACAGAUGAGUCCUUCCCGAAGAGAUCACAUUAACCUGCCACCACAGCCGGACUUCGCGGACGUAAGCAUGGAUACCCAUCGCCAACCAUAUUCUCGUCACCAUUAUGAAUCUACAAACUCUCCAAUAUCGGGACGAGUUCCAGAACUACUCCGUUUUACCGCAAGCUCCGUUGUCCUAGAACAGGGAGCCCAAAUCGAGAAAAAGAGACCUUCUCAAAGGCCUGUCGAGUCACAAGAAUUCACGCUUAUUAACGUUUCAUCUUCAGAAAACGUUGCUAGAAGGUCGCGUUGGGAGCAAGCACGUGAGGAAGUUAACACUAUCAGCAAACACAAUCUGCAGAAGCCGUGUGCAGAAGGUUUUCAUGAUGCUACAUCACACAAGAAAUUCUCCCCUAGAAAGUCAAUAACUGUCCAGCGCAUCAAUGUAUCCCCACAUGACGACGAAUCAUUCCAGAGUCUCACGGAUGAGAAGAAAUCUCGGUCUUAUCGACCGAGCAAAUCGUUAUUACAUGAGCGAACCGGACUGGACUGGUCGGAAGACAGUGACGGUCACGUGGAAGCCUGGCGGGCAGAUUUCGAGGACGCUCAAGAGGCUUCGAUCGCGAGCCAUAGGACAAGAGAUUACUUCUAUUCCGUGGCUCCAGAAGAAGCUACGAGUGUUCAAGCAUAUGCGGUCUGUUCAAAUGACACCUUCUUCACUGGUGACCGCGGAAGCAUAGCCCUUGAUGAUUCGACAGAGACCGAGUUCUAUGACCCACAGUUGUCAGCAACAAUGUUUCCAACACAAUCACCGCGAGGCUAUGGUGACAGGGUCUCUCUGUCAGGUAUCAGGGAGGCCUUUCAUCCAAAUGAGUACUACCAAGAUACGAGAUCCGCCAGAUCAAACUCAAGAGAACGUUACGCGCAACGGCCUGCGGAACAGUAUAUCCUUAAAGUACCUUCGAAAAGCGUUAUGCCGUACAAAUGCACACAGUCCAAAACAUUAUUUAGUAACAUUGAACAAGGCGGUGCCAUGAGAGACGAGGCACUAUGUAAUCUUCGACAAUCGCGAGAGGAACCAAGUUUACCAUCAACAAAAACAUGGGAACAGCUUAAGAUUGCACAUGCACCAUCAGGACGACUUGAGUGGAAAAGCAAGCGCCGAUUGCAAUUCGCUGACACCCCGGAUGAAACGUUUUAUGUUCUGAGAACAGAGCUGAGUUCCGAUUCAUCUGGGUCAGGAACCUAUAAUACAUCUGAGCUUCCUGGACUGUACGCUAGGCACGCUACUGCUGUACCCAGCAGAGCGCCACCUGGUGUAACGAGGGUUAAUGUACCCGCUGACCUACCGAUAAAUGAUAUCGUCUACACGAUGGGAAUUCGGCAGGUUGGAAGUCCCGAAGGUAUCCGCACGUCAGCAACGAAAGAGUUCAAAUUUCAAGAGAGACCAAGCGCAGAUUCCGAGGAAUACGCCUUUCCCGGAAAACGGGUUGUUACAUGUCAGAGGUUUGACAUAGCGACGCAGACGCCUUUCAUGCAGAAGACCGCGUCGCACUCGGAUCAACCUCGGCGUAUGAGAGAGCUUACGAGGCUGGUCAUGACUUCUGCAGAGGGAAGACCCCAAGAGUACGUUUUGGCAGAAUUUUCAUCGUCAUCAGCUGAAGCGCAGAUUUUUCGUGAUACACGCACGUCAUGUAAAAGAACGCACCCAUUUACUGCCGAGGAAAGUGAAUUGUCCGAGCGGAACCACGGACAGGGUAUUUCAAAGGUGGCCAGGAAGGUGCCGUUGCCUCCGGUUCGAGGUACCUUCGCUGGUGAGUCUCAGGUCAAAACGGCCAUUCAGGACCGUCUUCCUUUGAUAAAAAGCCGGCGGGAAAUCAUUCUUCCCAACAGAGAGUUCUGUCCUACGCGGUACACGGGUAUCAGGGUAAUUAAACGAGGUACCAGGAAAGUGCUGGCGCAAGUGGAUAACGUACCUGCGUUUUGCCCUGCUGAUUAUUCACCAAGACCUGUCGCCAGUUUCGCGUGCAAAGCUCAGACGACUGAUGUGUGUAGAGCGGAGCCUCCAGCUGUGGUUCCCGCAGGUUUUACUUGGAGAGCUGAGAGCAAAGAAUGCCUAGGAAACGCAAAUCAAUCCCCUACUAUGAGUACGUUCGCCUGGAAAACGGAAAACAGAGAACAAAAAGAAGUCAACACUGCGGAUGAUUCCAAGGGUAUGAGUUUCACUUGGGAAAAGCACAACACAGAAACGAAACGCGCUGUUGCAACACAAGAAGUUGUGGCACCAGGCGGUUUUGCACAGGCAGGUUUACCACUAAGUAAUGUAGGCGGAACUAUGCACGUUCCGCCUAACACUAUGAACCCUUCGAAUGUGAUGGGAGGAUUUCUUUGGAAAUCGCACAGCAGAGAACAGGUACAAAGAGUUCUGCCAUCAGAUCCUACGGUUGGAUAUUGCAAUGUGGUACAGAAUCCCAUGGGCAAUGUACCACCGUACAUUUCAACUGCUUUUCCCUGGGGAGCACGAAACAGACAGCUGCCUGCACAAGUACGUCAGGAACCGAUCAACUGUUUCUCCAUGACCGUAGAAAGCAGAGAGCGCUUUCCCAGUCCUCGCGCAACUACGUCGUUUAAACCCUCGGAAGAACUGCACAAGACGAUCAAGCUGAAGCUGAAGUCACGUGAUGGUGCUAAAGAUUCCAAACACGUACAGACAGAGGGUAGGGAAGGCUGCGCUCAACAGCGAACAUCAGCGAUCAAUACUGCACGCCGCCGACUGUGCUCCACAGCUGUAAACACGGACGUACCAAAGGCUGACAUGAGUACCAGCACCCAGGAACGCACAUUUGCGCGGAAGAGCACCCAGGCUGAAAUCACACCAGAAAAAUGGGGACCCAGUAGAGCAUCACUCGAUGUUGAUCGGGCAUCGAACCCACAAACUCAACCAUACAACCCCUAUGCAUACAACCUUGCGAUGAACAUCAGCAACAACCAACCAUUACCCAGUGCACAGCCAUUCUUUCAGGGUCAAUACUCCGUACAAUCUUACGCAGCUCAACCUUACCAAGCAUAUAAUCAGCGAGCGUUUCCAUCUCAAGUGUGCUCCCCCAGCCAAUACCCAGCUCAACAACCAAUUGCCGUACAGCCGAUUUCACAAGCUCAUGUGGCUGCUGCUCUUCAGCAACCGAUAGCACGUCCUUGUGCAGCGCUACCUUGCGGCGCAAGACCUGCAGUGGUUUCACCGUGUAGGUCAGUCCCAUGUUCGCCACCCCCAUGCCAUUCUAGGUCAUCAUGUUCGCCUCCGCCAUGUCGGUCCAGAUCGUGCUCCCCACCAGCGCAUCGCGUCCUUCGGUCGCGGUCCUGUCAUCAGACUGCUUGUCGUUCGAGACCACCGUCACGCUCUUCGCACGUGAGAUCACAAACGUGCCACUCGUCCUACGACUCUUGCUACUCGGAGCAAUCCACACAGAAGUCGCCAAAAACUCGCAAGACCACACAUUCCACAUUCCACAUUCUUCGUGAAACCCCCGAUGAUGCUGGGCCGCAGGUCGCUGCAGAGGUUCCACCGAGUCUUGGUGGCACGUACAAAAUCGGCUACAUAAUGUCACCGUCCUCGAACAAGCUAAGCCCAGUUCUGCUUCCAGUAGACGGCAAAACAGACGCUCCGAGAGAAGUUCCACUGCCGGAGAAAGAAAUGCCUAGACGUACGAAGGCUGUGCAGGUUUCAUCUGGUGAUUCAAAUGCAAGAACCCCUUCUCCGAAGUGUCACCAAAGUGACUGGAACAACGAACUUUUUCGUGCUGAUCCAAGAAAAUACGAGAAAGCGGUUCAAAUCAUUCUUCCGAUCAUGUCCUCACGUGACCGAUCGUCAGAUUCUCAUUCGUCUUCAGACACAGAUCAGAAGAAACGUCAAAUGCGCGAGAAUAGAAAACCGAAGCGAGAGCGGAGGCAUGGCUCGUCAACCGAAGAUGAAGGCUCUGCCACAACAGAAUCAAUAUCGUCUUGGCAAACUGCACAGCGCAGUGGACAGCAUGACAUCGAGGUCCCUGUUGCAGCACCGGAAUCAUACUACGACUCUGCUGACGACGGAAGUUUUCUUAAGACUCAAAUUCGAAUAGCGAUGCCAUCGACGAAAAGACGCAAGGUUACUUCGAAGACAUACAUUGGGAAGAGCGCGUCUUAUGACACUGCGCAGUCGUCAGCUGCCAGUUCCACUUCAGGCCAAGUUCGACGAAAUAGUUCCGUAGGUGAACUUAAAAUGGACACUCAUUGGGAAAAAUCAUCGGACAGUCCGAAAAGCAAAUUAGAGUCUGCUGCAUCGAGCGAUGCUGCAAAGGUGCCCGGGACACAUCAGGCAGUGGACAAAGAGAGAGAACAUCAUGAUGCUCAUUUGCCCUUAUCGAGACACAGACGUCCGUCUGACGUGAAGAGCGAGGUGGCGGACAAGAAGCCAUCCGCACGUAAAAUGAGUAUGGGUCCAGAAAUGCAAGGGAAGGGACUCUUCGAUGAUACUGGGGAGGCGAGUGACUUUCCCAGCACGAAGAAGAAAUCUUUGCACCAGGAAAAUGCUAGCAAGAAGGACGCGCCAGUUCACGAUCAUUCCGUGUCGCCACCCGAGGUUAAGAAGCCAAGUAAGCCUCCAUCCCGCAGGAUGAGUGUAACUCCCGAAAUGCACAGCAAAACGCUUGCAGAGGCCACCGAGAAGCACUCUGGCAGUCUUAAUGGCCACGAUAAGGCUCCUGCCCACGAUGAUGUCCUCCUACCGCCUAAACCACCACCACCUUUGCCCAAGAAACGUUCUGCUGCAAAAGUAAGUGACCACAAGGCAGAAGAGAAGGCAUCAGACAAGCACAAAGAUCACACACCUCCGGGUUAUGGACCUCCCCCAGACUUGCCGACAAAACAUCCGGACAAAGGUACAAAGCACGGCAAGCAUCCUGGUUCGCAAGACAGCAAUUCCCAAGCAGAUCAGAGCUUGGAACCAAAAGUUGGAUACCCUUAUGUCGGACGGGAGAGGACAGGCACCCUCCCAAUGGACGUCGAUCCUUCGUGGGUAGUGCGGAUUACGCAGGAGCGAAAAAUGACAUCUAGGUCACAAUCUAGUACGCCUCCAUCGGCUGACUCAAGACAGCCUUCGUCGGGUCAGGAACAUUACUUUGCUGACCAGUAUCUCCCACCGCCGCUGCCUCCUUCCCAGCUUCCUGCUGCACAUCCCCAACAGCAACUCCCCAUUGCAGGGCCGCCUCACCCACAGUUUCCAUUCUCAGGAUCUGUUCAUGACUACGAAGAACGGACGUCUUUUGAAGUGGUGGCACCUGGACGGAAAGAUUCUGGGGCGCAGUACGGCGACCCACAUACUGUCCCCGUAUCUCCUGCACCUAGGCCAGCGCAUGCUCGUGAAAGAACGGUGUCUAUGCUUCCACAGGUGCCAGAAAGGUCACCGCCGAAGCCACCGCCGCAUCCGCUACAUAGCGCUCCGGUCAUCCCAGCCCACAAUGUACCACGCGAUGACAAGAAGGAACGCAAACGCUCAUCUCAAGAUUCACCGAUAAAGAAGGCAGAACCUAAGGAAUCAAAUGACAAAUUUGAAUCAACAAAAGAGGAGGAAGUAGCGGGGCCCUCAGAGGCUGGAAGCAGUGUGUUCACCAGGAUCCUCAGCUGGAUUAGUCCAUGUGGUAGCAACCCACAGGAGGCUCUAGAAGCGGGUGUUCUGAGCAGGCCUCCAUCGUCGUCUUCUCUUUCACCCCGUCCAAAGCCGGAACGACACGAGGCAAAGAAAGAACUGGAUGAGCAUAAAAAAGAGUCGGACAAGUCAAAGAAAAAGUUGGAGAAGUCAAAUCAAGAUAUGGACGAGCAAAAAAAGGAACAAGAUAAGUCAAGUAAAAAACUACACAAGCCAAGCAAAGAACAGGACAAGCCAAAAAAGGAUGCAGACAAGCCAAAGGGAGAAGACAAGCAAAGUAAAGAACUAGGCAAGCCAAAAAAGGAUGCAGACAAGCCAAAGGGACAAGACAAGCAAAGCAAAGAGCUAGGCAAGUCAAAAAAGGAUGCAGACAAGCUAAAGAAAAAAGUAGACAAGUCAGAAGGAUCGGAAGGGAGCCAUAAGAGGGAUUCUAGCAAAAGCUCAAGUGAAUCUCUCAGCGCAAGCCACAAGAAGGCUCCAGAAUCAACCACCCAACGCGCUAGUCCUCACUCGACUGGGCAUGUGAGUACGAAGCGGAGUGAGAAGACCGUUCCAGUAAAGUCGAGACCGGAAUUAAGCGAAAAACCAAGUGCAGUGCCAAGCCGGGAAGUAAGCUCACAACCUCCUCCGACCUAUGGUGCACCCGAAGAGCAGUACCCGGCACACAACGAUCAGUGGCAAGGAUAUUAUGAAGAUGGCAUGCAUGAUAUGGUACAGUACGGACAGACGGUCACAGACGUUGCAGCAGAGUAUGUACACGAUGUGGAUACUACGACAUCGUACGAGCAGUAUGGCUUAGCCGUCACGACACAAUACGGUCAGCAAGCCAUGGAUAAUACAGCACAGCACGAACAGUUUGGCACAAACGUUACAGGUCAAUAUGGUCUGGACACUGCUGGACAGUAUGAGCAGUAUGCAACAAAUGCUGCGGAUCAAUAUGCGCAAUACGGAACGAAUGCUGGUGAACAAUAUGAUAUGCAUGGCACCGUCACAGAUGAUGAUGAAGCCCAGUGGACCGUACGGUUCUUGCAGGAAAGAACACGUAUGUCGAGAGGGUCAAGGACACCAUCUGCCGAACGGCAGUACAGUUACCAUACAAUGAAAGGAAUGGCACCGCAGGUAUCCGCCACAAGUACACCGCUACCGAUUAAAUACGCUGGCAAACCAGACGAUUGGACAGGGCAAUGUCAGAAGGUGAAAGGAGCACGAAGUCGAACGCCGUCUCCAGCGCCGUCUUUGACCAGUAGAGAGGUUGACGAAUUCGGGAAUUCCAGAUGGGUGUUUCGGUUAAAAGACGGAAAAGUGAACACAACUCCAACCCGUGUUUCAAGGACGCCUUCAGUGGUUAGUCGUGACCAGCAAGAAGAUCCAGACUGGGUGAUACGAUUUCAGGAGGGAUGUCAGAAAGUCCCAGAGGUAGCGAAGUCUGCAGGUUCCACAAAAUCAAAGUCGUCCACACUCAGAAGUGUGGAACUGGAUGAAGAUGGAAAGCCAAGAUGGGUGGUUAGGGUUGUGCAGGGUACAGAGCACGAAAGGGAGCCCCGUACGCCCUCUUUUACCAGUCAAGACCUGGAGAAGUACGGUGAGCCCUCAUGGAUCGUUCGUUACAACCAAGAAAAAAAAGGUCGGUGUCGUGGAUCGAGGACACCGUCGGCAACGACUUCCAGAGCGAGCCUUGACCGUCGUGAAUUCGCUUCCGUAGCACCAACGCAAAUUGCUCCUGCCCCAGUUCCGCAGCUACCGAGUCGGGCAGGAUCCCGCACGCCAUCCAUUCGGCAAGGGCGCGACGAUUAUAGUGACCGUUCUUGGGCCAUACGGUUCAAUCAAGAGAGGACUGGACGUGGCGGAUCUUCGUGGUCACCAUCGGUGUCUUCACUAUCCAGACAAAGUUUAGAACCACGAUUUUUGCCAGCAGGUACGUCACACCCUGCAGGCUAUCCACCAGUUAUUCUCGGUCCGUCGCCAGUAGGUCAAGCUACAUUCAGCCAACCACCACGAAGUUUCCCGCCACGUGGACUACCACCGCAUGGCCCUCCGUCACGAGAAGGAAGAAUUGCUGUUCCAUCAGAUUCUGGUCUAGGCGUGCAUGGUGGCGUUUCACGGGGGGAAUCUACCACACCACCGUACAUCAGGCAAAGGUAUGAUGACUACGGCAACCUUGCGUGGAUCGUCCGCUUUAAUGAGGAAAGUAAAAAGCGACACAGGUCCUCGAGGUCACCGUCUGGGUCUACGAUAUGUAUGGGUGAAAAACAACCUUUUGGUUUUCCUCCUGGUGAGGUACCUCCGAUGCCUGCACCUAGACAUGAGGCGCCACAUAUCGCAGAAUCAGGCGUCUCAAAGCCUGCGAAGUCGUCUUUUCUUGAUGAGCAUAAAGAACCCUCUGGUCCUUCUCUCAAAGACCUCACUAAGAAACCGAAAGCCGGCUUAAAGAAACCGUCAGAGGAAGUAUCAAGACACUUCGAUGAACAUGAUAUAUCAUCAGGUCCUUCUCUUGACGACCUCGAUAAGAAACCUAAAAGUGGCCCAAAGAAGCCGUCGAAAGAAAGUCUGAGUAUUGGAGUACCCUCGAGUGAAAAAGGCAGGGGACCUGGUGUGGCUCACAUUAAGCAAACAGCUCCAAUGGAGGACGAAGGUGGAAUAUCUCUGGGUGCUAAGAAGCCUGCAAAGACUUCUGGCGAGAGCACACCAACAAAAGGAAGAGGCAUACACAUGGCAGAUGCAGCACCAACGAAAGAUGGGGAGAAGGAUGAAACGAAACAUAUGAUGCCUCUGGGUGAUAGGAAAGCUAAAAAGUCAUUUGGGUUCGGCACACCAGAAGCACCAUCCAGCGUUCCCUCAAAAGGUGAUGAUAAAAAAGGGGGCAAAACACCACAUGAUCAGAAAAAACCGGAAGACGAAGCUUCUGGGGUCAGCCUGAAAAAAGGAGGAAGCAAGUUGUCAGGGGCCGGAACACCUAAGAAGGACGUGGAGAGAGGAGGAGGCACAGCAUCUCCGGGCACAAAAAAACUUGAAGGUCCGCCGUCGCCUGGAACAAGUACACCAAAGAAAGGUCCUAAGGGGAAAGAACCACCUGAACAAGGAGGACUGGCGGGAAGCACAACGCCACUAGAUAGCAAAAAGCACGAAAAGCUGUCAGGAUCCAGUACCCCGAAGAAAGGCGAAGAAGGGAGCGCAGCACCGCCAGACAGCAAGAAACCUGGCAAAUCCGGAUCCAGUACCCCGACGAAAGGCGACAAAGGGAGCGUAGCACCACCAGACAGCAAAAAACCUGGCAAAUCCGGAUCCAGUACCCCGACGAAAGGCGACAAAGGGAGCGCAGCACCACCAGACAGCAAAAAACCUGGCAAAUCCGGAUCCAGUACCCCGACGAAAGGCGACAAAGGGAGCGCAGCACCACCAGACAGCAAAAAACCUGGCAAAUCCGGAUCCAGUUCCCCCAAAAGGUCUCCGAAGUCAUCUGGCCUGAAAUUCGGAGCUCCUAGCAUCCACCCUAUAUCCCCCCCAAAGUCAGACGCUGGCAAGGCGUCACCCACAUCCGAGGGGAAGCCAGACGGCAAAAAGAAAAGGAGGGCUAGUCUUGCCUUUGGCAGUGAGAGUCCAAGUAAAAGCUCUGAUGACGAAGCUUCUAAGCCUAAGCCUGCGGGCGGAAGACGACGUGCUAGUGUCGUCGCUCUCCCGCCACUCCCUCCGAAAAUCACCGGUCCACCGGGAAAGGACGAUAAGAAGGAUGACAAAAAAGGCAAAAAGGGGAAAAAGAAAGGGGGUGUAGUGAUGAUGCUACCAGUAGUGCAGAUGCAAACUCCGAAGCAGGCUCCAGAUAAAAAGUACGGUGGAGCGGGAGAACCUUUGGCAAGAAAAGAAAGCAUCCUCAAUUUCAAGUGUCCCACUGGGCAGGAAUUGCUAGGAUACGCCAUCCUUUCAUCGGUGCUCAUUGCUGGGCUGCUGGUUUUGGUCUGCGUGCCGAAGUUACGAUUUUACACUGGUCCCAAUCCCUAACAAUACUCCUUUUCAACAACUCCAAGGAAAGUGCCACCAAUAACGAUCUCCGCAAUAAAAUUAUGAGUCGA